AUGUUAGGUCAUACUUUACUGCCGAUUUUUCAAGGCUCUUUAUCAUUUCAGAUUUUGGAAUACUUAAUUGUUCAGCUUCGGAAUGAAAAGGAAGAACUGCUAGAAUUUUCCACACAUAAAGGGACACUCGUGGUUUCUCUAGACAUAGAAGAUUCUGUCCAACGUGUGGGUCAGGCCUGUUGUGCAACUGUUAUUUCAGCAAAGGGCGAUUUCUGCCGUACACUUCUCAUUGAUCAGAUGAAGAGAGUGGUGGGACAGCAGGCAAAUGGUGGGAGGUUUCCCAUUGCAGUGGAAGACCUGUUCUAUGAGAAAUCUGGAGUUCUCAAGGAAGACAGUUUAGCCAUGAAACAGUUCAUCCACAGGAUCAGCCUUGUUCACACAAUGAUCAAAUUUCAUUAUUGUGUAAAAGUGAACGGCUUCAUUUCUGCAGAGACCUAUAGCACGGAAAGGAGAGGCAGCACAUGUUUGCCAGAUGGGACAAGACUGCUCAUUGAUGGGAGUCAUUUUGUGCGGCCAGUAUGCGUGGAAACUAAGAGGUCUUGUGACAAAAUCCACCCUGUGAGUGGGGAGCCGGUGGGUCUCCUCAUUCCGAGUGAGGUAGCCGAAAGAGAUUUCAGUGGAGAUUUGAGGCUCGUGCCUGUUGCGUCUCUGUGUCCCUGCCAGAAACAAUUCCCUAACCAACCAGUGAGGAUAGCUGCUCUCUCCAGCAAAAUAUAUAUAUUUCUUUAUGACCCAGCAGGCCUGCCUGUUGUUCUCCCCACAGCAGAAGCAUCACGUUCUUUUUUUGAAGAUCCUUCACAUUUAGCAGCAUGGGAGAGAUAUGGUUACCGAGCAAUAUUAAAUUCAGAUCCACAUUGGGAAGAAGAUACAGCAAGACCUGAUGUCAGAUAUGAGCUUCACACCAGUCACAAACAGAUCCCAGAAUGUGAGGAACAGAAGCUGCUGCUCUUCCUCUUUCUCAGUUAUUCUGACCCAUUCCAGGACCAGCCAGUCUAUAAUGUCUGGGAUCGGCGAGUGAUCCUGUCUCAUCUCUACCCUAUUCUCGUGUUCAGUGAGCAGGCUGUGAAGGGCACUAUCCAAGGAGUGCUCAAUAGGGUCUUGGAGCAACACCACAAAGUAGCCCAGGAACAAGAGAAACUGGCAAGCUCUUUGUCCAUCAUGAUAGAAGCAAUUUCCACCAUCGUUUCAAGCAGCACUGACAGUGAGUUCAGAGGGAGGUGUCUCCAACAUUUACAGGUUGCAGAUACCCAGCAGUUCUUGGCAACAGCCAAAAAGAUCUUCAGCAAAGUCAGUCUUCAACGAUGGAGACCCAGCCGCACAUGUGACAUCAGAAGGUGCCUCCCGAAGAUCCGAUCAAACUUCAAAGGAAUGAGCCAAAUUAAGAGGAGGAGGCCAGCAUGCAAAGAGCUUUCUUGGGAGGAUAUUGGAAACUCAAACCUCUCUAGGAAAGCAGCUGCCAAAGGAAAGACUGCUGGCCUCUUAACAGAACCAAGCACCGCUUUGAGCGCUUCCUUUUCACAUCCUGCAAACACGAGGCCUAACAUUUUCCCAAACAAAAGCCAAGGAGGGACCACAUCUCUGUCAGCGGACAGAGAUGAGAACCCGUGCCAGAACGAUGAUGUUUGGAACCAGGAGGUCUCAAACUUGUCUGAAUGGACAUCCUGA